CAACCAGAGACGGUUGAACAUGCAGAGAAACAAGGACAUAAAGAAAACACAAAAAAGUCUAGGACAUUAGCACCUCGUGCAAAAACUGAUCAAACUUUAGUGAAACAGAGGCAGGUAGAUGCCACCUCUCAUCAACCCCUCAAACGUAAGCUGGAGAAGGACAGUACUAAUGACAGUGAAGAGUUGGCUAAAAGGGCACGAAGGGAUCGGAAGAGGGACAGGCAUGCGGACAGCAGAACUGUGUUUGUUGGCAACUGUCCCCUUACUGCAGAUAAGAAGAAAUUGAAACAGGUGUUCCGUGAGUUUGGAGAAAUUGAGACUGUGAGAUUCCGUUGUGCUCCCUCAGCAGAUCCUAGCUUGCCAAAACGGGCUAUAGUAAUCACGAAAAACUUCCACGAGCAGUGUGACAAUUUUAUCUCCUACGUUGUCUUUAAGGAAGAGAGUGCAGCAAAGAAAGCCCUAGCCAGGAAUGGAUACUUGUUAGAUGGCCUGCACCUUAGGGUGGAUUUGGCAGGCCUGGCUAAGAAGCAUGAUAAGAAAAGAUCCAUCUUUGUGGGGAAUCUGCCCUUUACUGUCACUGAAGAGGUCAUUAGAGCUCACUUCACUGACUGCGGUGAAAUAACUAACGUGAGAAUUAUCAGAGACCGGUUAACCAACCUCGGCAAAGGCAUCUGCUACGUGCAGUUUGAGUCGAAGGAUUCUGUGGGAUUGGCACUGAAAUUAAACAAGUCAGCGUUGCUAGGGAGAGAGAUUCGAGUGAUGGUCUGCGUCAGCAAACCCAAGAAGAAGGACAUUCAGACAACAAAGAAGAGCAAAUCUAAUGUAUCCUUUUUUAGUUACCAGGACCAGACGGGAAAACCCACGGCAAGAAAAAUUAUCUUUGCCCCAAGCAAUGUCGCAGGUUCAAAAUUUCAGACAGUCCUGAAAGCCAAAAGGGAGAAGCGGUUUCGAAAAAUAAAAAAGAAGAAGGAGAAUGCCCAAAAACAGGACGGGCUGUCUUCCAUUUUUGGGGAUUUGCCGGCAGCUGUCAAGAAGGUCAACUUUAAAAAGGUCAAGAAAGAUAAGGCAGGAAAACUAUCCAAAAAAGCUGCUGGGUCAAAGAAGAGACCGCUUCAAAAAGGGAGCUCAUUCAAAGGAAAGGGAACCUCAUUUAAAGGAAAAGGGAAUUCUAAAGGAAAGGGGAACACAUUUAAAGGAAAAAGUAAAGGUAGUAAGACUAAGAACUGA